AUGUCUGGGUCAGAUCAGAGUAUUGAUCCCGUAAAAGAUCAGGCCAAAGAGCAGGCCAGCAGCACUGCGGAGAAGAGAAACGCCUUUACAGAGCUUCUUUCGGCCAAAAAGAAGCAGCCCAAGCCAACGACUGAAAGUUCCCGAACAAAACAUACACCUCGGUCCGAGAAUCCCUUCAGAACGGGGCGUGACGGUCUCGGAGCCUACAUCGCGAAGCCCGAAACCUACCCCUCCAGCGUGGUAGUCAAUCACAAUGAAGACUUCGUCGCAAUUCAUGAUAUGUUCCCGAAAUCAUCAUUGCAUCUACUUCUCCUACCUCGCGAUCCAACAAAAACUCACCUCCACCCCUUCCAUGCCUUUGAAGAUGCCGAAUUUCUCGUCAAGGUCCGGACAGAGGUCCACAAGUUGCGCGCUCAUGCCGCAGCAGAACUGAGACGGAAAUACGGUAAGGACUCUGCACAGGAGCAAGUUAGACAGGCUGCUCUCAUUGCCGAGCCACCGCCAGACGAGCUGCCUGCAGGUCGGGACUGGGAGAAGGAGAUUAUGUGUGGAGUGCAUGCUGUACCUUCCAUGAAUCAUCUACAUGUGCAUGUUAUCGCCGUGGAUAGGCAUAGCGAUCGACUCAAGCACCGGAAGCACUACAAUAGCUUUGCGACCCCGUUCUUCGUGCCCAUUGAAGACUUUCCGCUGGCUGAAGAUGAUGUGCGACGGCAUCCUACACAAGAAGGGUAUCUAAAGCGAGAUUUUAUCUGUUGGCGGUGCGGGAAGGAGUUUGGCAACAAGUUCACACAGCUGAAGGAGCAUCUAGAACGGGAAUUUCAGGAAUGGAAAAGAUUGUGA